GAAGUUCUCAUUCAGUUGGCCAAGGGCACUGUGCAGCACUCAGCUGUUUUCACAAGACGGGAUGACAAGAACGACGAUCCUAUCCUCGGCGGCGACGAGAAGUGUGUGUACUGGUAUGGCGACGUAACGAAGGAUGACCUACAGGCGGCAAUCCGCAUGGUCAAGCCGGGCGAGCAAAGUGAAUCUGUGACAUACGUGAAUCGUGUCCUUGCUUUCAUCUUCGCCACCGACGAUUCUUUCGAGAAGCUGAUGCAGCUUCCGAAGGAGCCCUUUAGGAUGAGCUGCGGCGACCAGCUUUGCGUGAAUCUCGCACACAUCUCGCUGGCGGUGUCCUAA